AGCGACUUCUUCUUCCUCUUAACUCCUCUCCCUAACUCCUUAACCUUCACCAAACCAAAGGUUAUUAGUUGCCUGUUGCCCUACGGAUCCAAGCUAUCUGAAACCACCAUGAAAGAAGACCAGAAGAAACACACAGCUUUACUGAAACUAGCAAAACCCUUGGUCUUUGUCAUCCUCCUCCUCUUCACCUACACCUUAGGCUACCUCUCUUCUCCUCUAACCCCCUCCCCGACGUCACCCUCACCACCCUCUUCUUCAGCCCCCUCGCUUCUUCAACUGGCCAACCUCCCCACCCAACUCGACCACUUCCGAGUCACAACUCACUGCGCCGACCCGGUCCCUUCCCAACUCGUCCGCCAAACCAUUCUCGACCUAGUCUUCAACUCCACCUCGCCUUUCACCAACUUCCCUCCUCCCCACGUCAAAAGCCUCCUACGUCCCAAUCGUGCCAAGGGAUUGGGCCCAAACGGCGCCGUUUUCGAGCACCUAAUCGAAAUGGUCAAGCCCCGGACCAUCAUCGAAGUGGGCACGUUUCUUGGAGCAUCCGCUAUCCACAUGGUCGACCUGACCCGCAAGCUCGGGCUCCAAACCCAAAUCCUAUGUGUCGAUGACUUUCGGGGCUGGCCCGGGUUCAAGGACAUAAAGAUGCUAAACGGCGACGUUUUUUUGAUGUACCAAUUCAUGCAAAAUAUCGUAUCCGCCAACGUGACGGAGUCGGUUUUACCCGUACCGUUUUCCACCGGGUCGGUACUUGAUAAGCUUUGCGAGUGGGGUAUUUUUGGUGAUUUGAUAGAAGUGGAUGCGGGUUAUGAUUUUAAUUCGGCUUGGUCGGAUAUCAACCGGGCUUACCGGAUUCUAAAACCCGGUGGGGUGCUUUUCGGGCACAAUUAUUUCACCGCGGCUGAUGAUAGAGGGGUAAGAAGGGCGGUAACUUUAUUUGCUAGGGUUUAUGGGCUCAAAAUUAAACUUGAAAGGCAGCAUUGGGUCAUUCACUCGGGUUAUUAGUUGUAAUAUAGAAAUAUGAUCACUAUCAUACAUUGAAUGCGCCUCACUAUUUGGAUUCAAUAGUUUUUUUAGGGAAAGUUUUACCAUGUUGGGUACAUUUUUCUUAUAGGGUAUGUAUAUUUUUUUCUACCGGUAGAUGUGAAAGUACAUGUCAAUGUUGUAACUUGGAGACGACCUUUUUUUUUGUAAAUUACCAAUGAAUUG